UAUUAUUAAGCCCCACAUGCGGAAAGUGGGUCAUACCAGCAGUACAAACACUUUAAAGCGCCUCAGACAAAAAUUUACAAUGCAAACAACCCCACAUUUAAAAAAACCGUGACGUGAUUAGCAAAAUUCCCAAGAAAACUCCGACUCAAAUCAAUUUUCACCCCGUUUUCGAUCCGAAUUCCGGAGCGCAGGUCGCCACUUUUACAUGGUCAGUUUAGUCGCGACCAUCGACCAUGAUGGGUGUACCAGUUGGGCUCAUUUUUGUACCUUCGUUUUUUUAGUAAACAAGUAUGGCAUGAUUUGAUUUAAAAUGGCUGAAAACGUAAAAGUAAUCGUACGAUGUCGCCCCAUGAACAAGAAAGAACAAGACCUCAACUGCGACUGUGUCGUGAAGAUGAGAAACUGUGUGGUCGAAACGUUCGACCCUUCCGAGGGUCCUUCUUUCCCCAAACAGUUUACUUUCGACUCAACUUACGACCAAGACUCCACCACUGAAAUGAUCUACAACGACAUCUGCUACCCCCUUGUCGAAAGCGUCCUCGAAGGUUACAAUGCCACAAUUUUCGUCUACGGCCAAACCGGCUGCGGAAAAUCACACACAAUGGAGGGCGAAAAAUCGGGCCCCGAAAAAGGGGUCAUUUCCCGGGCCUUCGAGCACAUCUUUGAGGCCAUUUCAGUCACCACUGGAGUCAAAUAUUUAGCCCUUAUCAGUUAUCUUGAAAUUUAUAACGAACAAAUCAGGGAUUUGUUACUCCCAAGUGAUAAAAUCGGGAACAGUGCUCUCAACUUGAAGGAGAGCCCCACUGAAGGGGUUACAGUCCCCGGACUGACGUCACAUCCAGUGCACAAUGCCGCAGAAUGUGAACAUUUUUUGAACCUAGGCUCGAAAAAUCGCAUAAUAGGGGCGACUCUAAUGAAUCAAAAUAGUUCGAGAUCGCACAGUAUUUUCACCAUAAGCAUCGAACAGAUAACUAACGUGAACAAUAAUGAGAGUUUUAAGAAAGGGAAGUUGAAUUUGGUCGAUUUGGCCGGUUCUGAACGACAGGCAAAGACUGGGGCUACGGGUGAUCGGUUAAAAGAAGCGACUAAAAUUAAUCUGUCUUUGAGUGCCUUAGGUAAUGUUAUUUCGGCCCUGGUGGACGGCAAAGCCAAACAUAUACCGUACAGGGACUCGAAAUUGACCAGAUUGUUACAGGACUCUUUGGGGGGAAAUACUCGAACGCUGAUGAUCGCCUGCAUCAGCCCUUCUAGUCGUGAUUACGUUGAAACGCUAUCAACACUCAGAUAUGCAAAUAGGGCCAAAAACAUCCACAACAAGCCGCGAGUUAACGAAGACCCCAAAGACACAAUGUUGAGACAAUACCAGGAAGAAAUCGAACGCUUAAAGAGUCUCUUAGGCCAACAAGUGAAAAUUGAAGAAGUUAAAGAAAUUGAAACUUCGCCAAAUUCCGACCUGGACGCCAAACGCGACCAAUUGAUCCAGGAAUACCAACAAGAAAUGGAAAAAUUGAAAAACCUCCACGAGUGUGAAAAACACGAGAAGGAAAACGUCUUGAAGCAAAUCGACUUGAUCAAGGACGAAUACGAGAAAAACAUUGAAAAACUAAACAGUGAGAUACAAGAGAAAAAACGAAAAGAGUUGUGUUCCAAAGAGGAAAUUUUGAACCGGAUUGAAGCUUUGAAAAAUGCAAUGAUUGGCGGGGAGAAGGCCAAUGAUAAAGAACUGUCGGAACGAAGAAAAAGGAAGAAACAAGCGGCGGAAAAACGGGCCAGUGUUAUUGCCCAUCUUCUCGCAAAAAUCGACAUGAAUGAAGAUCGGGAAAUACUUCAUAAUCAAUACAAGGACAUCAGUCAGGAGCUCAAUCUCAAGACUGAGGCUUUGCGUAAAUAUAGACACAAAGUUAAGGCACUUGAGAAGGAAAUUUCGGACAUUCAGAGCGAGUUUGAGGCCGAAAGACAGGACUAUCUUGAAACAAUAAGAAAGCAAGACCAACACAUCAAGCUCUUGGCGCAAAUUAGCGACAAGAUUGCGUCCACUUUGAAGAAAGAGUGCAACUACAGCGACUUGGAGAGCAUCAAAGAGCAGGCGGUGUGGUUGGAGGACCUCCAGAAGUACAAACUCCCCGACCUGAUAACCCCACGGACUAAACUACCCCCUCCCGGUCGCUUACACGACAUACAAACAGCUCCGGCCAGAUUACAAGAAUCUCUCGACGACGAUUCGUUCGAUAACGAUUUUUUGGAAAAGAAAUUGGAAAAAUCGGAGAAGGAGGACAUAAUCGGAAGUUAUUUCGCUCCGACGACGAAACGAGCGGCGGAGUUGUUAAAUCAGUCGUCAAGGAUCGAUGCCAAUCGGGUUAUCAGCACGUGGAGGGGAUCGAUGACGUUUGCAGAUUUCGCGCGACGGAACAAGCCGAAAGUGGCCGAAGAACACGAAGGGGAGCGGCCCGGGAGACCCCCCAAUUUGAAUUCCAGCCUAAAUAAUCUAUGGGUCAAUGAGGGGACUCCCCGGAAGCCUCUACGGCUGGAAGCGUUGCCAAACAUCGAUAGACAUCGUAGCAGAAACCAAAGACUUAACACUUUAGAUAUUUUGUAAAUUAUUUAGAGACUUAACAUUGUUGAGGUUUACACGAGUUUGGAGUUACGUUGUGAUAAAUAUUGUAAAUUUAAACGACCAACAUGUGUGAUACGUUCAUAAUUUUUAACAUAUUUUAUUAUGUAUUUUUAUGAGAAUAAAAUACAUCAACGAGUAA